UAAAAAUAACUUAAUUUUAAAAAUGGAUUUUCAAACGCCCUGUAUUAUAAUAUACCCACGCAACGAAAGUUCAGGGGUACUCAAAAUUCGGCACGCAAAACUAAAUACCAAACAACAAAUUAAGAACAUUUUUGUUUUACAAUUAAUUAUUAAUAAACAAUCACAUCUAAAACGAAUUCGAGUAAAAAUGAAAUACGUAUUACAUUUUUAUGAGGUUUUAAAACGAAAAAAUGUGUUUUAAGUUUUAAAUAUUUCCCUUGUUUUUAACUUAACAUUUUGAGAUACAACUCGGGCAACAUUGUAGUUUAUUGAUUACCAGGGUCAGACCAUGUGGACGAAAAUAGCUAGAUAGCAAUAAAGUAUUCGAGUGUAUUAAGUUAGUAACUCUGCAGACUGCGUGUCAAAUCAAACGUUUCUAUUCAUAUUUAAAUAAUUUUGUGAUGCGAAAUGGAAGCACCUCUGAUGUUUGAAGUGUUAAUGUACCUUAAUUCCUACUACUUUGGUAUGUUUUCAACGUUUGAGUUCUCACUUAUAUGUGCCAAAUCAAUUGAUGAUGCUCAAAAAAAGACGUUUACUCGAAAAGAACUUGGGACUGAUAUGACAGUAUUUGUGUUUCUAUGUCUCAUUGAAGUGUUUCGCACGUUUUUAUCGCGUCGGGACAAUGCAGCCGACAAAGCAAUAUGUGUCGUUCUUUCACUCAUUUUGACUGUGCCAUCAGCAAUAGGAGUACUGUAUUUUUUGCUGUGGCAAAAAAGGACUUUCGUGCUGGAAACUAUUCUAGGAUGCAUACAACUUAUGCUUCAAGCAACUCAAGUUUUCUUUGGCAUUGUAUCAUUACUGACAUUCAAAAGCAGUGAUUCAACAACAUGAAAUUGAACUUUUUUUGAUUUAACACGGAAAUGACAAUAGCAACGUACAAAUACUGAAAUGAAUACAAGAACAAUUCCGAGCGCAGCCAUUAUGCCA